AACAAUUAUCGAAAUUCGUUGACAAGAUGAAGCAGUUUUCGAAGCAAGAAGAAUUGAAUAUGUGGAAUUUUCUACUCAAAGAAAUUGUCAAUCCAGUCUCUGGACUCAUCGAGCGAGAUCGACUGAAGCCAAAAGGACUAUCACUUUGGGAAAAAUAUCGAUUGGAAGUUAAUACAAUCCGAUCGGCGACGAGUUUAAGAAAAAGAUUCAGUAUGCCCGGAUUCCCAACACCACUGGCUAUGAAUUUUGAUCUUGAAAGUCAGGCGAAGCUUCACUAUGCGUUGAGCAUUCCAGUCGACGAGUUUCAGUUGAAUGAACUGCUCCAGAUUGCAGACGUUGAUCUUGAUGAGUUCUCGUGUAUUAUUCGUUAUAAGGAACGAAGACCAGGAGGAUUUGAAAUGCGGCAAUUCCACAACCGCCGAAAGCGAACGUCCCAUCUUCCAAACGAAUGUAUGCCCGAAGCCAAGUCAAGUAGACUUGAUUUUGCUGGACUAUUGUUGAAUACGGAACCACUUUUAUUGGAAGAAGACUUUAAACUUGAACCUCUAGAUGACACUGCUCAAGAUUCUCAAGAUUCUCAAGUUGACGUGGUUGACAGAGAAAGUGGAAGUCAGGAAUCGAUAACUGAUCUUCUAGGAUCUUUGAAAAAUAAUAUGAACUCUACAAUGCUGGAUGUGUUGGAGCACUUCAAACUAAAUGCAAACUUCGAAGGUAUUAAUUAUGCACCCCAAAAUAUCGAACAUCCUGAAAUAUUGAAUGAAGCAAAUGAAGUUAGAAUGACAACGUUUUUGGAGAGUCUUGACUCACUUACCUCGGAAAUUGCUUCACCGGAAUUGGAUACUAUUCAACUCAAAAUUAAAUCCGCAAUUGAAAAAUCUCAGGAAGAGAACAAAAUGAUUCCGAUGAGUAAAGUGAAGAUGAUGAUGGAAGCAACACUCGCGAUGAUGGGUUUUUGAGAAUCUCAACGAAAUUGAUAAAUUCAAUGCAUCUCUGUAGUAUUUUGAAACAACUACCAUAAUAAACAAU